UUCGCUCGCAUCGUUUAUGUAAUUCAUAAUUGACCAUUCUUUAUAAAAACUGCGCAAAAUUGCUUACUGAUCAACAGCAGCUAUCGAUUGUGAACACACGUUACUUUCUACUGCUUGUUUGGCUACAUUAUUCGCUUUUAGCAACAAGAAUGAGUGAGCCUUUCGAGUGUUGCAUUUGUCUUGAAACUCUAGAGAAUCCGAAAGCUCUAUACUGUGGUCAUUCUUUUUGUUCGCUUCCUAAAAAGUGCCUGCAGCGGGUUUUAACCAGCAAUCCGAGAUUGUGUUCAAAAUGCCGCAAACCCGUUUCUGUUCAUAUUCGAGGCGAAAAUGACUUGUCAAUAAACUACGAUCUGAAAACUGCAAUAACGGCAACACAGCAAAAUGCAGAAAAAUCAGAGGGAAACAAUCUUCAUCAGCUUUGUAAGUUACACAAAAAGCCAAUGGACAUAUUGUGCAAAAAUGACAAUUUGCAAAGGUGUUUGAUGGCAAUUUGCAAAGACUGUUGGAGCUCAGGACACAAUGGCCACUCAGUUGUACCAUUAGAACCUGGAACAACGGAACUGGUUUCAGAUACAAGGAUUCACUGGGGGAACAUUCGCCAAUGUCAACACAAGUAUCGAGAUGCAAAUGAUGAAUCGUUGAAAGUACUAGAGAAAAUCAAGGCUGCGACAGAUGCGAUGAAUGUCCUAGCCUCUACUGAGAGCACGCUGCGAAAUUCUCAGAACCCUUAUGAUGUGAAAAUGUUCAGACAAAACACUUUAACAGAACUAGAAAAACAGACCGAUCACAUAAUAGGAGUUGAACAAAGUAUCUCAUCAUUAGCGAUAAAGUUCAAAGAAGCGGCAAAAUUCCUCGAGACUGCUAAGAAACCAUUCGAAGAUUAUCUAACGUACGGUGACAAUCAGUCAAGUGAAGGAGCUGUCCAAAAACAGAGAGCUUGGAAACUGAAAGAUCUUCGUGAAAGUACAGCCACACAAAUGAGCCUGAACUUCAACACGCAGUUUUGUUCACUGAAUCAACUAUUAUUUUCUCCAAUGGGGCAAAAUGGUGUAGGCGUUUUCAAAGAAGAAAACGACACAAUAAAGCAGCAAAAAACUCUCUCUUGUCCAG